GUCUGUGAUUUAUUUUGUGGAUUUACAUUUCGCUCAUGCUUCCUAUCCUAAGUUUUUAAUAAUUAUUAUCUAACAAUAUAUUAUUUUUAUAAAAUAUUAUAAACAUUGUUAUUGCUGAGAAAAUAAUUAAUUUACAAUUCCAAGUUCCAACCAUAAUAUAGAGGGAGAAAUAAUGAGUUCAGUUAACAGAAGAAUACAUGCAAGUAAUACCGAAGGUAGAAACCGAUACCAAAUUGUAAUGCUGCAAGAUUCGACAGUUUCCUCAACCUCUGCUCCUAAUCCAAGCUUACACCUAAGGCGCCUCCGACUCGAAAAUACUAUCCUUAUCCCAAAUGAGGGCACACAAGAAAACCCACAGAUGUCCAAUUCUCAUCAUUUACAAGGAAUAUCUACAACUAAGUCAUUAAUUAUUGUUGUUUUAUUAUUUGUUGCUUCAUUACUAUUACUAGCAAUAUUGUACAAACAAUUUCCAGAGUUAGAUGAAAAAGAAAAACAACACAUAAGGUUACCAUGGGAUCUGGAAGAUGCUAAGCAGUUAGGUCUGGUGCUAGACCGAUAUAAAGACAGAUAUUUUUAUGAAGUAUUAUUUGGAGUAUUUUUAGUUUACAUAUUUUUGCAAACUUUUGCAAUUCCCGGCUCAAUAUUCUUGAGCAUUCUGUCAGGGUUUUUGUUUCCUUUUUAUCUAGCAUUAAUUUUAGUUUGCUGUUGCUCAGCUAUAGGCGCUAGCUUAUGUUUCUUCUUAUCCAACAUACUAGGCAAGAAGCUGGUCAAGAAAUUCUUUCCAGAAAGAGCAGCCCAAUGGUCCAAAGCAGUGGAGAAACACAAAAACAACUUGCUCAAUUACAUAAUAUUUUUGCGGGUUACACCAUUUUUACCAAACUGGUUUAUUAAUAUGUCGGCCCCAGUUAUUGGAGUGCCAUUAGUGCCAUUUGCUUUGGGCACGUUCAUAGGUGUUGCACCACCCUCAUUUGUAGCAAUUCAGGCUGGACAAACAUUACACACGUUGACAUCUACGAGUGAUGCAUGGUCGUGGACGUCUGUUACUGUUCUUAGUAUUUUUGCUCUAGUGUCUCUAGUACCUGUGCUAUUGAAACAGAGGCUACGAGAGAAGUUUGAGUAAUGUUUUAAGUUUUAUUAUUUAUUUUAGUCAAAUGUUUGAUGGUUGUAGCAAAUAAAGGUUUUGUACAUUCCAAAUUUU